CCCCCCCCCCCUCCUCACCAUUGCCUGCUAGUAGCAUUAUGCGUUUUGUCACUUUUAAAAAAAAAUCCCUUCACUGACUCUGAUGUAAGCCUCUACACUGCAGCCCUGUUCAACAUUGCAACAAUACAAAUCCCCUGUGAGCAGGUAGUCAGCAUGUUUGCCCACAUGUUGGCCCUAUAGCGUAGCAGGCUGGAUAUUGUAGUAAGUUACAAUUGAGUCGUGACCUCUCGCGUUCUUACAUCAUAACGAGGAAAACCACGUAUCCCAGCAUGACUUUCUUCAGCCAUUUAGUUACCCAAUGGAUGCUCGGUGCGCUUAUUCAGUGACCAAUCGGGGGGUAGCCUAAUCUUUUAAUUCUAAGAGUUAAAUACCACGAAAAACGUUUUAUCAGCGCAAUUUACAUCAAUUAGUUUAUUAGCCUAGUGUGGGAAGCGCUUGUGCGAUCUGCAAAGCUUCAUUUUGGUCAACAAGUGGUUGGCACGAUCAACAGAGACAGAUUCCAGGUUUUUGUCAGCACACAGGGGCAGCAGCUCGACAUGCUAUCGGGUAUGCGGGUCUGUGUGCCCUCCGCUGCAGCUCUAUUCGGCUCGUUGUGCCAUGGCUGUCGCAGCUGGGCACGUAGUUUGUCAUUCCGGGGUUUUAGUUGGUCGCCCCGAAAGAUCAGCCGGUGGAACAGUCAAGAUUCCAUUGACCUACCUCCUGCGGAGAACCCACGAAUUCUCAUCACAGGUGGCCUUGGACAGUUAGGUGUGGGGCUUGCAGAAAUCCUGAGGAAACAGUACGGAACAGAAAACGUUAUCCUAUCGGAUAUCAAGAAGCCUCCACCAGAAGUGUGCAGAAGUGGCCCGUUUGUGUAUGCUGACGUGUUGGACUUUAAGAACCUCAGAGAGUUGGUGGUGAAUAACCGCAUCACCUGGCUGGUGCAUUACAGCGCUCUACUCAGUGUUGUGGGAGAGGCAAAUGUGGCCCUGGCACGCAAGAUCAAUAUCACAGGGCUUCAUAAUGUGCUGGACCUGGCUCUAGAGAGCUGUUUACGUCUCUUUGUCCCCAGCACCAUCGGUGCCUUUGGCCCUUCUUCUCCUCGUGACCCUGCACCUGACCUGUGUGUCCAGAGGCCUCGCACCAUUUAUGGGGUUUCCAAAGUGCAUGGCGAACUGAUGGGGGAGUAUCUUCAUCACAAGUAUGGACUGGACUUCCGCUGCCUACGCUAUCCUGGCGUCAUCUCAGCUAACACACAGCCUGGGGGAGGAACAACAGACUAUGCUGUCCAGAUUUUUCACGAUGCCCUCAGCACGGGUCACCACGAGUGCUAUUUACGCGCUGACACGCGUCUGCCGAUGAUGCAUGUUGGUGACUGCCACCGUGCGACUGUGGAGUUCAUGCAGGCCCCGGAAUGCCAGCUGUCGCUGCGCACAUACAACAUCGAUGCCAUGAGCUUCACCCCUGAGGAAGUGGCCACGGAAAUCCGCAAGCACCUGCCCCACCUCAAGGUCACCUAUAACCCUGACUCUGUCCGCCAGACAAUUGCGGACAGCUGGCCGGUGAGGUUUGAUGACUCCAACGCACGGAGAGAUUGGGGCUGGAAGUCGACAUAUGGGCUUGAGGAGCUCGUCUCAGACAUGCUGAGCUCCAUCCGUGACAAGAGGACCAACGCCGGACUGCCAGUCAGCUAGCAGGUCCCGCCCACAGAGAGUGACUUACCAAUCACUAUUCCCUUAAGUCCGCUUCAGCCUGGGUCUGCCUAUCACAACAGACCCUCUUUCCUUAGCAUCAUCUCCAAACCAGGACUCUUCUGUAAAUCAGGAUAAUAUUACACCAAUAAACCAGGGACUAUUUUCAAACCUGUCAUCUUCAGCCAGAACCACUCAACUUUCCACAACAGUGGACACUAACACCACACACACACACACACACACACACACACACACACACACACACACACACACACACACACACACACACACACACACAAGUAACAGGCAACAAGCACCCUCUCAUAAUAGCAGCUUUACUCUUUUCAGGGAACCAUACUGUCAACCAUUCUCUUAUGUUGUGACUGUCUUCAGUUUCUGUUUUAAAUGUGAUAGAGAAUUUUAAUAUCAUAGCAGGUUUAACAUAGGCCUUAAACGUCUGGGGGAAAUAGGCUUCAGGCAAAUUAUUUUACAUAUAGUUAGUCAUAACCCUACCUUCAGUUUCCAGUAUCUCAAGGGGUUUCAUUUACAUUUUACAUUUACAGUACGUCAUUUAGCAGACAGUCUUAUCCAGAACGAUUUACAGUUAGUGCAUUCAUCUUAACAUAGCUAGGGGAGACAACCACAUAUCACAGUCAUAGUAAGUACAUUUUUCCUUAAUAAAGAAGUUAUCAGCAAAGUUAGUGCUAAUAGGAAAUGUUCCUCCUUGCCUGCUGUAUUAGGGUAGUAUAGAGGGCACAGUGAUUUCCUUCCUGGCCUGCUGUAUUAGGGUAGUAUAGAGGGCACAGUGAUUUCCUUCCUGGCCUGCUGCGUUAGGGUAAUAUAGAGGGCACAGUGAAAUGACACAGGAGCAGUGAGAGAUAUAGGGACAACUAUCAGAAGAAAUAGAAAAUCCACAACGUUUACAAAAGGCCUGCCUUUACAACACAACUUCAGUACAUUUUUCAAACAUCUCCACAUUUCUUUACAGUCAGUGUGAUUUUGGGUCCCAAAUAAAUUCAGAAUUGAAGCCUUAUUUUUAAUUGACAACUAAUUAGAAAUAUAUUUGUGAGUAAUGAACAAAAUUGCAGUGUACUUUUGAUCAUAAAUUGAAUAAAUCUCUUAAUUUGCUCA